CUUUUUAUCUUCAUCCAUUGAAGUUUGUGCAAGAUUGGGACUGUAUAAAUAGUUGGUACCAACCAAAUCAUAUUGGACAAACUAAAUUGAAGAAUUGGCUUCGUGAGAUAACAAUUGAAACAGGUAUUGAUCUUACAAAACGUAAGAUUACUACCCACACAGGGUGUAAAACACUAGUAAGAAAUUUAAAAAUAUCAGGUGCAACAGAUAUUGAAACAAUGUCGAUAUCAAGACACAGAUCCAUCAAAGGACUUGCCAGUUAUGAGCGACCUAAAGAUGAUUUGCAACUACUAGGAAUGACCAAUUUAAUCAACUACAAUCAUGGUAGUCAAACAAGUUUCAAUACAGCAAGAGAAAUAUUAAAAGAAUCUACUAAACAUGACCAACAAAUAAAUAUUAAACCUGCUAAAACUAAUUGCAACACUUCAGUAGAAAUAAAUG